CGUCACGCGCGACGCCAUUUUAUUCCGCCCUGACAUAGCGGGCCCCGCGUAGCAAGCAGCGUGAGCCGGCGCCUGCUGCAGCUGCUGCUGCUUCUGGUGGUGGUGCGAGGCGUCGCGAGGCGUCGCGAACGUUCCCCGCCAGCGCGGACUCAUCGCGACCCCGCGACUCUCCCUCGGUGGGGUCGACGGAACCGCCAGCAGCCAUGGCGCUCAAGAUCGUCAAGGGGAGCCUGGAUCGCAUGUUCGACAAGAACCUGCAGGAUUUAGUGCGCGGCAUUCGCAAUCACAAGGAGGAGGAGGCAAAGUUCGUCGCUCAGUGCAUCGAGGAGAUUAAGCACGAAUUGAAGCAGGACAACAUCAAUGUGAAGGGGAACGCGGUGGCAAAGCUUGCCUACCUCCAGAUGCUGGGAUAUGAUGUGAGCUGGGGCGCUUUCAACAUCAUCGAAGUCAUGAGUUCAGGAAAAUUCACGCACAAGAGGGUGGGAUAUUUGGCUGCAUCUCAGUCAUUCCAUGAGGGCACAGACGUGCUCAUGCUCACCACCAACAUGAUCCGCAAGGACCUGAACAGCCAGAAUCAGUACGACGCGGGCGUGGCACUCACCGGUGUGUCCUGCUUCAUCACGCCCGACCUGGCCCGCGACCUCGCGAAUGACCUCAUGACCUUGAUGUCCUCAACACGCCCAUACGUACGCAAAAAGGCUGUGCUCAUCAUGUACAAGGUGUUCCUCAAGUACCCAGAGUCACUGCGCCCUGCAUUCCCACGCCUCAAGGAGAAACUAGAGGAUCCAGACCCAGGCGUGCAAUCGGCAGCUGUAAAUGUGAUCUGCGAGCUGGCACGGAGAAACCCAAAGAACUACUUGUCGCUGGCACCACUCUUCUUCAAGCUCAUGACAUCCUCCACCAACAACUGGGUCCUCAUCAAGAUCAUCAAGCUGUUUGGAGCGCUCACCCCGCUCGAACCCCGUCUGGGCAAGAAACUCAUCGAGCCGUUGACGAACCUCAUCCACAGCACGUCCGCAAUGUCCCUGCUCUACGAGUGCGUCAACACUGUCAUUGCUGUUCUCAUCUCGCUGUCGUCUGGGAUGCCUGACCACAGUGCAAGCAUACAGCUCUGCGUACAGAAGUUGCGCAUUCUCAUCGAAGACUCGGAUCAGAACCUGAAGUACCUGGGGCUGCUAGCUAUGUCCAAGAUCCUGCGCACUCACCCCAAGUCCGUGCAGUCCCACAAGGACCUCAUUCUGCAGUGCCUCGAUGAUAAGGAUGAGUCGAUCCGGUUGCGAUCCCUCGACCUGCUCUAUGGCAUGGUGUCCAAGAAGAACCUGAUGGAGAUCGUGAAGAGGCUGAUGGUGCACAUGGAUAAGGCGGAGGGCACGACCUACCGCGACGAGCUGCUCACCAAGAUCAUCGACAUCUGCAGUCAGUCCAACUACCAGCACGUCACCAACUUUGAGUGGUACGUGAGCAUCCUGGUGGAGCUGACUCGCCUGGAGGGCACCCGCCACGGCCACCUCAUCGCCGAGCAGGUGCUGGACGUGGCGAUCCGCGUGCGCGCCAUCCGCGCCUUCGGCGUGCGCCAGAUGGCGCUGCUGCUCGACAACGUGCACGUGCCCGCCAGCAACGGGCAGCGCAACGGCAUCUGCGAGGUCCUGUACGCAGCCGCAUGGAUCUGCGGAGAGUUCUGCCAGCACCUGGAGGAACCGCGCGUCACCCUGGAGGCCAUGCUGCGUCCCCGCGUGUGCAGCCUGCCCGGCCACAUCCAGGCCAUGUACGUGCACAACAGCAUGAAGCUUUACGCCAGCAUGCUGACCAGCGCCGGCUCGGCCUCCGCCUCUGGUGGAGGAGGAGCAGGGGGGACGGCUGGCGGCGCCGCCGAGGUUGCCGUCGGCGACGGCGGAGACACGGAAGAGGGCGGCACCGCGGGUGGCGUCAUCGAAGAGGUGACGGCGCUUCUGCUUGAGCGGCUGCCGCAGUUCGUGCAGAGCGGUGACCUGGAGGUGCAGGAACGGGCGUCGUGUGCGCUGCAGCUCGUGCGCUACGUGCAGAAACUGCAGGGCAGGGACGUCGAUGUGACGGAGGAGUUCGGUGCCCUCUUCAGCGGGGAGCUCAACCCCGUUGCGCCCAAGGCUCAGAGGAAGGUCCCCAUCCCAGACGGGUUGGACCUGGAGGCCUGGAUCAACGAGCCCGAGCUGGAGAGCUCAUCUGACGAGGAACAGGGCGGCACCACCUCCAUGUUCGUCAAGGAGGACGCAGAUCCCUGCAAGCCCCGGCAGGCCGACCUCAAGCCUGAGGAGGUUGCCAAGAUGAGAGAGCAGAGAAGAAAGGAUCAGGAAAACAAUCCCUACUACAUCAAGAGCUCCCCGUCUCGAAGAAAGCAGGAACCAUUGCCUGGUGUAGACCACAUCCCAGUGGUGCAGAUAGAUCUCACUGUGCCACUCAAGGUGCCAGGUAUCCCGCUCUCAGACCAGUACCUGCGCAUGGAGGAGGAGCGCCGAAAGAAGCAGCGCGAAGAGCGCGAGAAGAAAAAAAAGAAGAAGAUGAAGGAGGAGGCUGGCAGCGGCGGCGGAGGAGGAGGGGAGCAGGGCAAGCGCAGCCGACGGCGGAGGAAGGGGUCGGCGCACACGGAGAGCGAGGAGGAUAUCGCGCCGGCGCACACGGUCGACAUCGUCACGGAGGAGAUGCCCGAGGACGCACUGCCGAGUGAUGAUGAUGACAAGAAAUAUGACCCCAACGACCCCUACAGAGCCCUGGACAUUGACCUGGACAAACCCCUGCAGGUAGAGAAACCGGUGACCCCACGAACCCCGCAGCCCUCGCCCGGCCUGAAGGGAGCCUCCUCGCCUCCCGGAGGAGCGGAGCAAGAGAGGAAUGAGCAGGGAACGCCCCCCACUAAACCCACUCGCAAACCCCGCAAAGAGAAGGGGAGGGAGAAGGAGAAGAACAAGAAGAAAGCCAAGAAAGAUAAGAAAGAGAAGCGAUGCGAGGAGGGUGCUGUGGGCGGUGCGGCCGUGGUGGUGAUGGCCGGUGAGGGUGAGGAGACGCCAGGGGCAGCCUCACCCCAGUCUCAACAGCCCAGCGAGCCCAGCGUCGAUGACCUAGACUUCUGGCUGUCGGUUUCUGACGCGCCACCUCCCUCCAAAUCCAAGUACGAACCGAUCGGAAGCGCAUUGUCACCAGCUGGUCCGGACGAACAGAGCGCAGAGGAGGUGGACACAGUCAAGCCUGAUAAGAAAAGCUCGAAACACAAGAAGGACAAGAAACACAAGAAGGACAAGGAUGAGGAGGUGGUGGCAGACAGGAAGAAGGACAAGAAGAAGAAAAAAGGGAAGACCAAGGGUGGCUCUGGUGACGAAGGACCCAAGGAAAAUGGUGCAGCCGAGAGCCUCGCACUGCCGGUCAUGUCCAACUAUAAGCUGCUCGCAGAAAAUGAGCAUCUCAAAAUCACGUACGACAUUCGCGGGAACCCGACGGAGAGCGGGCAAGUGCUGGUGCCCAUGCUGCUCGAGAACCGCUGCAGCGCACAACUCAAGGCCAUGGAGUUCAACGUCCUGGACUCCAUCAACAUGCGGCUGGUCCGUCCGGCAAGCGCCUCCAGCCACGACGGCAUUGCCGUGCCCUUCCAGCUGCCUCCUGGCGUGUCCAACGAGACCCACUUCGCCUUCACCGUCGAGAGCAUCGUCAAUCCGCAGAAGCUCAAGGGGACGCUCACGUACAUGGUCAUGUCGAAUGAGAUCUUGUCUCAUGAGAAGUUGGACUUUACGCUGCAGUUCACGUGUACCUCCUACUUACUCGCCAGUCCCUGUUUCAGUGACAUGUUUGCGGAGCUGAUAGGCGAGGGAGAGCUGGCUGCAAGCUCUGUGAAGGUGAGCGAUGUGGAGCUGCCCUUCCCCGUGCUGCUCGCCAAGAUCUGCUUCCACCACCACUUCUCUGUGGUGGAGCACAUUGGCUCGUGCGCCUCCCUCUACAGCCGCUCCAUCCAAGAGCACCCCGUCUGUCUGCUGCUCAAGCUGCUGGAUGAGCGGACGAUAUCUAUGGACGGCAAGAGCAGCGACUCCUCGCUGCUUUCCUUCGUCAUGGACGAGGUGAAGCAGACGCUGAGGUCCCCGUGAGGAGGGUGGCUCCUCUCGGACCUCGGUCGCCACGGCCACCUUGGCCUGCCCGCCCACCUUCUCGGCACGCACGCCUGCCCACCCGCUCGCUCGCCCGCCUGCCCAGGUCACACUGCCGCCGAUAACCAUGACGAACUGCUUCGGCGAAGUCAUUCGCCUCGUUUAGGAUACGGCCUAGAGAGGGGCGGGGGUACUUUUAUUUCUAAAUUUCGAGUAACGCAGUCUUCCAGUCACAGCCUCCCAGUCACAGCCUCCCUUGUGAUGUGUCCAGUUUGAGCUGCGUGCUGCUCUGCGAUGUGCGGUGUGCGCGUGCGUGCGUGGGGCUGCCUUUGCUGUCUUAAACUUUUAACUGGAAAAAAAAACGUUGUGCAAUUGGAAGGAUUCACCCCUUGGUUGCAGUGUUACCCAGGCUGUCAGUUUCCGUAAGGCUUACCAGGGCCGAUUAUCAUUGCGAUCCUUUCACAAUACACAACAUGCGUUGAUCAGUAGCCUGCAAAGUGUAUUAUUUUACAUUCGUUCAAACGCUGUUUAGUUUAUUGUCGUUGUUUGUUUAGUUUCGAUUUGCAUUUUUGAGUCGUAAUGUAUUUUAUUCCUUCAUGUAGGAGGGUGCUGUAGUGAAUAUUGCGUUUAGAUUCAUGCCGUUACCCGUGAAGUGUUUUUUUGUCGCUGCUGCUGCCGUUAAGUUUGCGUUUAAAGGGCCUUUUGCUGGCUGUUGAAACAGUAUUUUUCCUAGCCGAAUUAGCUACGGUUGGGCUUUGUGAGCUGUUUUGUAAAUAUACAUACAAAAUCGGCUGAAAUUAAUGACGAGGUUACGUUUGCAAUUCUUGUGAUCAGUGCUGUGAACUUCUCAGAGUUCUGUAGUCACCAGAUUAUGUAAAAUUUUCGUAGGGGUGUGGCACAAUGAAUUGGGAACAAGAUAUUGAAAGUUAAUUUAUCGACACUAUUUAAUUCAUGUUUGACUAUGGUCUGCCCUAACAUUGGUGCAAUUACUGUAUUACACGCUUAAUACAAUGAAGAUUAGACUUCAUUGUGUUAAUCAGCACGACUACUUACCCAAAUAUCUUGUUCUCAAAACUAAUGCCUGCCAUGUCUGUUACCAUUGGCAAACUGAGAAAAUAUUUUUGAUUUGUUGAUCAUCAGUGUGCAAAGAGGAUUGAAGUGAAAAGUUUGAAAUGGUUUAACAAUAAUUUCAUUUUAUAGAGCGUCAUUCAUGCAAUUGCAUUCCGUAACAUUGCACAUCAAUUAUAUCCAGCUCCAUACAAAAAAUACAAAAGUAAAACCCCACUACUUUGCAAGAUAAAAAAAUUGAAUAGAUAAAUUAGGAGAAAAAAAUGCAUGGAAAAAUAAAAAAAUCGCAGAUGAAAUAAAUUAAAGUAAAUAAAUCUGCUGUCUCCAUACCCCAGACCACAAUCCCAACAUUUCUCCGGAUUUUGGAGAACCUUCACUCCGUAGAGUGAAUAUCACACCGAGGCAAUAUAUAAUGUAUCAAAUGUAGUCAGCAUCUCGAUUGUCACAGUGAUAGUGCCCGGAUGGCCACUUUAACACCGAUCGUUGGAACUUUGCAAUCGCCUGGCUAAGCAUGACACCAAUUCUAAAACCUUGUAACCCACAACUGUAAACAAAAAAUAUCACUGUGGGUAUCACUGCACGACGUGUUAUUGUCAAGCAAAUAUCACGUGGCAUUGCAUGCAUCUUCCUUGCUCUGUAUCGCCACUUUUCUAAGUUAAACUCCCUCGAUGCAAAGCGAUCAUACGCACAUUGCACACUGCAUGCAGGAGUCCGUGGUGAAUGUGUCCUUCAUUCUAACUUAAAUCUUACCGCUGUCUUUAUUACAUAGCCACCACCCCUUAAGUUCGAUAUUUUUAAUUGGAAUCUCCUGCCGUAAUUACUCGUAAUUUAAUCUAUAUAGAAACAUCAUUUGGUGCCUCUAAAAUGCAUAAGCUGCACAGUACUGAGGGUUUAUAGGUGGCGGAUUUUUGUUGUAGUAUGGCACGCCCCUGGUUUUUGUUGCCACAUGUACGUACGAGAGCCACCCUCCCAUUUAUUUAGUUUGAAGUUGGCGCUGUCCAACGCUUGAGGCUAAGAAGGUGGGGUGGGGGGGGCAGCUGCUGGAGCAGAACUCAAACUGACUUCUUGAAAGAAAAAAAAUACCACACGAGGCAAGCGGUUAGCGAUCCGGACUGCGAACGUCGUGGCAAUUGAGAGCUCCCGAAGCAUUUGCGGUGUGUGGUCCUGCUCAAAUGAGCAUGGGGUGACCGCCCCCAUGAGAGGUCCCGAGUCUGUUGUGGAACUUCCGGCUUGUCCAUGGCGUUGGGCCAUUAAUUUGAAACGAUGACCACUGUUAACUUCCUGCAAAGUGAUGGUAAUCAUUGUUGGCGAAGCCAGGUAAUUUUGAAAUGAUGUCAUCUGCGUGACUAACACACGUAAAAUUGUUGUACAGUUAGAUAAAUGUACGCACCAAUGAGGGUGGAGAGUGUCACUUAUUUAUAAGGUGAUUUAAAGAUUGGUAGUAGAGUAGUUUUUGAAGUAGUGUGUACUUCAGCCGUGGUACUCAUUUUAAUGACCCCAUGCAGUUGAUGGGCAACCCCUGACUGGGAUUUGAGCCCACAAAUUCCUUAUCUCCACCAUGUGAAUGUAGAAUUUCCACCACUGGUUCAGUGCCACCAGUGCUGCCCCAUUGCUCGGUUUGAGCCGGGAGACACUUAGUUUUUUUUUACAAUUUUCAAAGCCAUUGUUUGGCGUGGUGUUCGAAUAGCCGUGCGCAAGUGUUUUGUGAUUUUUUUUCCCUGCAAGACAGUUUCAUUUCUAUUUUUGUGGUGGUGCGGUUGUACAUGCGUUGAGUUUACAAAGGAGCCUUUUCUUAGCGGGGAGUUGCCCUCAUGCUGGAAUGGUUCCGCUGGUGUACAUAGGAACUGUGAAGUGCGACCACUGAUCCGUUUAUUUACCUGCAGCCCCGUAGCCUCCCCUGACGGCCACGCCAGCUGAUACGUCCUCCUCAUGCAUGCGCGAAUGAACGCACAUUGACAUGGGCUCGGUUAAAAUUUCACAGGCACGCUCACUUUAGUCUGGUCAUCUGUGCAUCGGGUGAUUUCAUUUGAAACACAUUAAUUAUCCACGUGUAAAAAUAAUAUUGUUUUUCUGUAAAAAAAAAUAGUAUAUAAUCGUAACAAAACAUCCUGUAGGAUUUUGGCAAUUGAGUGAACAAGUACAUCACUGAGUUUCCAAUUAGAAGUAGGAGAAAAUGUCCUGUUUCUUUUAAACCAUACUUUUUGUUUCCCUUCCGAGUUCUAUAUCAAUUGUAUUUGCAUCCUCUCAAGAGAUGAGACGACCUCGCAAACACCCGCUUCUAAAUUCGCUACGAGAGGCCUCUGCUACCCGCACUGAGUGGUGCUGCAUUUCACGUGUCCCACAAAGAGCACUGCAUGUAAAUUGACGCUGAAAUUUUUUUAUAUACCUAGAGCUGAGUUAUGCAGUGAUUUAUGGUUGAUUUUUGGGGCACAUCCUUCAGCUGAGCACAGACAAUUAACAAUGGUGUCACAUGAACAAACAUGCCAUUUUACUAGUGCUUCAGUGCAAUUGUUAAAUGUUGUGGAUUGCCGAAGCAGUAAUAAAUUAAUACGUUUUGUUGGCGUGACAACUUUAUCAAUUGGCUGUGUCAGGUGGACGACGCACAUUUUACUCGCACCAUCCGACCCAGAAAUCAAUUGUGAAUCUUGAUGUUGGUCGCAAAAAGCCUCAACAGAAUAUGCAAAUUAACUGACGAAACAAAUGUAGCGUCCGACAUUGGACCCUGUGAUCCCAGCCCGUCUGGCUCAGUGUUCGAGCCCCUUGAGCCACCCAGCCAUCUCAAUUUAAACCAGUAACACAUUUUUAUUUAACAUUUGCUGCAUUCUAAAUGUAUUUAUUUAAAAACGCAAUUAUUUUCGCUCGUCUUGACCAGGAUACUUAUUUUUCCACAGAGGUAUAUUUUUUUCCGCACAUACAAUUGAUUUUACAAACUCUUAAUAUGAAUGUACAAGUACAGCCCAAUUGGCAAGUUGGUCCGCUGAUGGAUGAGGGCCUCCCACCACCAUGUUGGUAAUUUGACCGUACUUCACCACACCGGUCAGUGCGGGUAUAAGGUUACACAGAUAAUCCCGUUUAAAACAGGAUAGGGCCAAGCACAGUCUUAGUAAUGGGGAACCUGUCCGAUGAUGUGUUAUUAACAGAGACAAUUUGAAAUCAAUCGUUUAAGUAGUUGCAAAUACAGUUGAUUGCCGAAUUUGAGAAACGUAUGCAUCUAUGCCUUUCCAACAUGACAGCGCUGAUCCACAGCGUCAUACUCUUUAGACACAUCGUGGGAUAGGAUGGCACGACGACGACCAAGUCCAGGGUAUCGAGUACCGCGAAGGCUUAGGACUCUUAACACUUGGUCCAGUUUGAGUCCAAACAACCCGUUGGCUUGGCGAGUUUCCAAGCUGUGUUUCUGGAGUGGAUGAGCUGGGCAGUUUGUGGCUUGAGCCAGGGGAGUUUUCUGUACCCCCUGGCUCUCGACUUGCUCAAGGAGCGUGUGUUUGUCAACCACAGAGAGGAAGGUCUUUCAGAAGAAUGACCGAGCGGUGUCCGGACGUAAGGUCGGUCACAAUUGGCGAUGUCGUGGAUGAAGGCCUGAUGGUCCAAUUAUUUCAAAGAGCAUUUAAAUGUCCUCUUGUGUGGAGAUGUAAGCGGUGUCCUGUGUUGAAUGCUACGUAUCAUUGAGUGGUCGCACAGAUGAUUUCCCAGGACAUCAACUUUUACAAACUUUUCUGGAGCGUUUGACAUGAAGAAAUCAAGGAUUGCCGAGUGAUCUGCGUUUAUUUUUUUAUAUUAGGACGGGUUGGUAAACAGGUGAGGUGGGAUAUGUUGAAUUCUAUGUACGUAUGCACGUUGAACUUCUUUUUCACCGUACGUAGCCAAACGUGCGAGUCGGAGGUGUGGAGGAAGGACAACAAACUAAACACAAAAAAGAAACGAGUUUCCAAUCUAAAUUUAAAAGCGCAAAGCUCCAGCUUCUUCCUAAUCAGAAUCCUGAUUUAGACUGGAGUAAUCCUAACAACAGAAGGAAGAGUUCCAGACGCGCAUCUGAAAGCGCACGAUGUAGUGGCCGUCUUUGUUUGAUCGUGAGCGCAAAGCCGCGGCGAGGAUUGGCCGGAGUUUGCUCGAUUGUUCAUGCUCCUUGACGAGAUCAGCAAAGUAUUGCGAUGCAUUUGUGGCAAAAGCACUUUGUGUGCAAUGAGCACUAAAGCUUAAGGAGGGAACAGGCCGGCUAAAAAAGAAAGCAUUGGGGACCACAGACGUCCCGCGUUGUGUUCUUAACCCCCUUCCGCAUCACGCGGCUGGUUCAGAUGACUGGACGGCUUCACGAAGGGGGAACGCGAGGUUGGGUCGUGCGAUGGCAAAACUUCAUCCAAAUGUCACCCUUCCGGGUAGAUCUCGUUUCCCGGCAACGCCGGAGCAGGAGGCGCCACGCCAGCCCGCACGCCGCAGAACGCCUCCCUGCUCAAUCCCCGUGUGGAUGGCAUUGAGCAAACAAAAAGUGGAGGGUUUCUGUCCCCCUCUAAGUCUCUGCCCAAAAUGGGGAACAUCGACGUUGAAAACGUGAGCAGAUCGCAAUGAUGAAUUUUGCUGAAUUGUCCCCGACAGCCUUGCAGCAGCUGUUCCGUGCACGGUGGUCACCCAUCCAUGCACUGUUCAAGCUCAACCCUGCAUAGCUUCUGAGAUCUAACGAGAUUGCGCGCAUUUUGGGCGAUAUGGUCAUUGGUGGUUUUAUUCAAACAAAUUUCAAUUGGUGGAGCAAAGUAACUAAUUUGAAACGUAUGCAUGGAUGUUGAACUUCUUUCACACCGUUAUGUAGCGAAUCGUGCCCAUCGGAGGUGCAGAAAUGCAGUGAUUGUGAUGCGUACACCAGCUGUGUUAGAUCUUGCUGCCAAAAUUUAAACUUUUGAAAGUAAUAUUUUUUUCCCCUUCAAUACUGUACUUAGAGCCCACCGAGUGUGUGAAAUUGGGGAGAGCUGUAGCAAUCAGGCCCAGUCCAGAUGAGACUUUAGUAUUUAAGCACGCCUGUGUGGAAUGUGUCUGCUUGGUAGAGAUGAUGUGGUUCUAUACAAGUUGAUUGUACCAGUUAUAUUUUAAUUUCCGAUUAAAAUUACCCCUGUGACCGCAUCAUCAUAUAUGACCCAACAAUAUAAUGAUAAACUAAUGCUUAAUUUUACAACGUACCCUUAAUAUGUGAUAAACAGAAGGAAAAAUAAGGCUAGUUAUUUAUUAAAGAGAACUGUUCUGUUGCUUUGUCUUAGAUAUUUUGUUGUUACCGAUUGCACAUUUAAUUAUAUUUGUCACGUUAUUUUUACGAUCGUUAGGUUAUUCUGUCUGAAGCAACUUGACGCUAAAAGUGCAAGAACGUCUGUGUGUUCGCUCAGCGCAUUGCACUUCGUAACUUGUGGGGUCUGUCGAUGGUGUCUGAAGGUUUGACUUGGCAAGUACCAGGCCCUGCUCUUUAAGUGUUCCGCUUUAUCAGCCUUUUGGGGUGGGAGGAAGAAAAAGGCGCACACACGGUACGUUCCAGUUCACCCUGGAGAGAGGGGGGGGGGGGCGGAAUUGUGUUUGUGUUGCCCAUUGACGUUGCU